AUGGAGGGCCUGUCUUCGCGCCCUGAGCAGAAGGAGUGUGCCCGCGUGACAUGGGCUCUUAGGCAGCCAGCCCCGCUUGCCCAGGCUGUGCCCUUUCCAGGGAGGCAGGUCGAGAAAAGGGCCCUGGCCUCUGAGUACCAGUGUCAGUACCAGCUCUAUGAGGAGAAGAGCCAGCUGCUCCCUGGGAACAACUUCACCAACGAGUGCAACAUUCCGGGCAACUUCAUGUGUGGCAAUGGGCGGUGCAUCCCUGGCGCCUGGCAGUGUGAUGGGCUGCCCGACUGCUUCGACAAGAGUGAUGAGAAGGAGUGCCCCAAGGCUAAGUCCAAAUGCGGCCCGACGUUCUUCCCUUGCGCCAGUGGCAUCCACUGCAUCAUUGGCCGCUUCCAGUGCAAUGGGUUUGAGGACUGUCCUGACGGCAGCGACGAAGAGAACUGCACGGCAAACCCUCUGCUUUGUUCCACCGCCCGCUACCACUGUAAGAAUGGCCUCUGCAUUGACAAGAGCUUCAUUUGCGACGGGCAAAAUAACUGUCAAGACAACAGCGACGAGGAGAGCUGUGAAAGCUCUCAAGAACCGGGCAGCGGGCAGGUGUUCGUGACGUCGGAGAACCAGCUGGUGUACUACCCCAGCAUCACCUACGCCAUCAUCGGCAGCUCCGUCAUCUUCGUGCUGGUGGUGGCGCUGCUGGCGCUCGUCUUGCAUCACCAGCGCAAGAGGAACAACCUCAUGACCCUGCCUGUGCACCGGCUGCAGCACCCGGUGCUGCUCUCCCGCCUGGUGGUCCUGGACCACCCCCAUCACUGCAACGUCACCUACAAUGUCAACAACGGCAUCCAGUACGUGGCCAGCCAGGCCGAGCAGAACGCUUCCGAAGUGGGCUCCCCUCCCUCCUACUCAGAGGCCCUCCUGGACCAGAGACCCGCGUGGUAUGACCUUCCGCCUCCGCCCUACUCAUCGGACACCGAGUCUCUGAACGAAGCCGCCCUGCCCCCUUACCGCUCGCGCUCGGGGAGCGCCGACAGCGCGGGCUCCCAGGCGGCCAGCAGCCUGCUGAGCGCCGAAGACAGCGGCCGCAGCCCCGGGCAGGCCGGCCCUCCUCCCGAGAGCGCCGCGGGGCCCAGGGACUCCGUGCCCAGCCAGGGCGCCGCAGAGGUCUAA